AUGCUAAAUGAUGUUUUGUCCCUGUGUGUUGGCUUAUGGGCUGUGAAAGUCGCCAACCGCGAGACCACCUCUAACACCUACACCUAUGGCUGGCAAAGAGCUGAAACUCUUGGUGCCUUGGUCAAUGGCGUAUUCCUAGUCGCCCUGUGCAUGUCGAUUUUCUUGGAGGCUACUCAACGAUUGGUGGAACCCCAGGAAGUGCAAAACCCUCGAUUUGUCUGUAUUGUUGGUUGUUUCGGUCUUGCUUCCAACAUAAUUGGAUUGGUUCUCUUCCACGACCACUCUCACGGUCACGGUGGUGGCGGCCAUGAUCACGGCCACGACCACGACCACGAUGAAGAACAUUCCAUCGAAGGUUACACUGACCACGACCAUGACCAUAACCACGACCACGACCACAGCCCGGUCGCUCUCUCAGAGCCUGGCAAUACUCUCACUCAAUCUACUACAGAGCCAGCCUCCCCGAUUUCCCGCAAGCGUCGCGACACCCGUGGUUCGAGACGAUACAGUACCUCGAACGGACGUGCCUUUAUUAGUGUUGACGACAUUCCCGUGCUACCAGAGAGACUCAGACAAGGAAUUAUCGCGGCCAGUCAAUAUCGCAGUGAGCAAUCAUCUGAUUCAGAGACUGGCCAUGACGAGGAUGAGAUCCCUUCUGAACGUUCAGGUCUUCUGCGUCACCGAGACCAUGCCACCAAUUACACCGACGAGGAUGGAGCUCCGGUCAAAGUCCCCGACCACCGAGAUGAGGAUGUCCACAAAUCGCACAAUCACGCCCAACCGAAGUCGAAGGAUCAGAAGAAGGGCCACGGCCAUGAUCUCAACAUGCGCGGUGUCUUCCUCCACGUCAUGGGCGACGCACUUGGAAACAUUGGUGUGAUCGUAUCCGCGUUGAUCAUCUGGCUGACGGACUACAAAUGGCGUUUCUACGUUGACCCCGGUAUUUCGCUCGUUAUCACACUGAUAAUUCUUGCUUCCGCUAUUCCGCUAUGCAAGGCCGCUUCCCGCAUCCUGCUCCAGGCCGUGCCCCCUGGCAUGAGCAUUGACCACAUUAAGGAGGAUAUCGAGCGACUCCCCGGUGUCAUUGGCUCCCACCACCUGCACGUCUGGCAAUUGAGCGACACCAAGAUUGUGGCAUCAAUUCAUCUCCAGGUAGACACGGAGAUCAAGGGCGAAGGCUCGGAGAGGUACAUGCGUCUUGCCAGACAGGUGCGACGUUGUCUCCAUGCAUACGGUAUCCACUCCUCCACCAUCCAGCCCGAGUUCGCACCCGACAGUGACGUCGAAGACAACGGCCAGGCGUCCUCUUCUCGCGGUACUGAGGAUGUACUCCCCAGCCGUGCUGCCAGUGUCCGCGACGGUGAUUCUCAGGCGUGCCUUUUGGAGUGUGACGAGAACUGUGCCCGAGGAGGCCAGUGCUGUCCCAAAAAGUGA